UCAUGCCUCUGAGCCACGUCCUUGCUACCAAGAUCGGUGCUAAGCUUACCGAAGUGAGAAAGAACGGAACUUGCCGUUGGUUGAGACCAGACGGCAAAACCCAAGUCACUGUCGAGUACUACAACGACAACGGCGCUAUGGUUCCAGUCCGUGUCCACACCGUCCUCAUCUCAACCCAGCACGAUGAGACCGUGACCAACGACGAGAUCGCACGUGACCUCAAGGAGCACGUGAUCAAACCAAUCAUCCCAGAGAAGUACCUGGACGACAAAACCAUCUUCCACCUCAACCCAUCAGGCCGGUUCGUGAUCGGUGGACCACACGGUGAUGCCGGUUUAACCGGACGUAAGAUCAUCAUCGACACCUACGGAGGAUGGGGAGCUCACGGAGGAGGUGCUUUCUCAGGGAAAGACCCGACCAAAGUCGACAGAAGCGGAGCUUACAUCGUGAGGCAAGCCGCGAAGAGUGUGGUUGCUAAUGGAAUGGCUCGUAGGGCUCUUGUCCAGGUCUCCUACGCCAUUGGAGUUCCCGAGCCGUUGUCUGUCUUCGUUGACACUUACGGAACUGGGUUGAUUCCAGACAAGGAGAUACUGAAGAUCGUGAAAGAGACCUUCGAUUUCAGACCAGGGAUGAUGACGAUCAACUUGGACUUGAAGAGAGGAGGCAAUGGAAGGUUUUUGAAAACGGCGGCGUAUGGGCAUUUCGGAAGGGACGACCCUGACUUCACCUGGGAGGUCGUGAAGCCACUCAAGUGGGACAAACCUCAGGCUUAAGGAUUCUUAUUAUUACUAUCAUGAUUUUAGUGUUUCUAUGCUUGUUUCUAUCCUUUUUCACUUUUAAACAUCUGCUUUCAGCAAUAAUUAACCCCUCUGUUUUGGGUUUUUAUUUUCUGUAUUUUUGAAUGAAAGUUUCUGGUUUGUCUGAUA